AUGCACACGCCCCUGGUCACCGGGAGACACCGUUCGCCGGUGUGCAUUUUCACCAUCGCAUCCGUUUUCAUUUUUGGGCCCAUCCAUCCCCGCUCGGAACGACGGUCCCUGUCCAAAUUUAUAACUGUCUUUCCGGUUUACUCUCUCCACUCGUUACAGGCCCAGGAGACGGCAGCGAACGACACCGGUCCCUACGAGGAGUACGAACUGUUCUACCGGCACUCGUCCACCAUGACGGCAGUGUACUGUGUGGCCUAUUUUGUGGUGUUUAUCGUGGGUUUGAUUGGGAACAGUUUCGUCAUCGCGGUGGUGUUCCGUGCCCCCCGGAUGCGAACCGUGACCAACUUCUUCAUCGUGAACCUGGCCCUGGCGGACGUGCUGGUCAUAGUGUUCUGCCUGCCGGCGACCCUCAUGAGCAACAUCUUCGUGCCGUGGAUGCUGGGUUGGCUGAUGUGCAAGACCGUACCUUACAUACAGGGAGUCUCCGUGGCGGCUUCUGUUUAUAGUUUGAUAGCAGUCUCGCUGGAUCGAUCUCCAGGAAUCGACAAGGAUAAUCGUAUGAAUCAGCGCGAUGCCAUUCGUUUUAUAUUUCUCUGCAGCAACGUCGCUGCAUAUGAAGUCAUUUAA